AUGUCCGCGCGUACAACUCAUUUUGACGCCGAAACAGUGAGAUCGCUUGUACGAAACGCACCACAGCCGCGUUCGCGCAGCGAAGGAAGAUACGACGGCAGCAGAGAAGCUCGAGGAGCUCACAGAUCUCGAAGUGGGGCUAAUGAUGUGGAACCAACGGAAGUGAGUAUUUCGCACAAAAAAGCGCACGGGAAGAUUAGUGAAAAGGCUCAGUCAUUAAAAAUCUCCAAAGCUCGCGCUCAUGCUGCUUCUACGAUCGGCAGCGAGAGCUCACCUCACUCGCUAGAUUAUGUCUCGUCACCGCAACAACCGGUCUCCAGAAACACUCAAGAUUAUUCUCCUAAAGCCUCUUCGAAUCUUUACGCUAGCAUGCAUAUGGCAGAUUCGGAAAGAAAGAAGUUUAUGGAUAACAUUCCGGGGAUACCAGUAAAUGAGCAGUUGGCUACUCAGCGAGGUGACCGGCCCGGUUGGUCUGCAUUUCCGCCCCCUUCGGUUUCAAAGUACGGACAAAAUGUUGCUUAUUGUACGAGUCUUCCAUCUGACUUAAAGUCUCUACCUCGCGACUCGAAUAACACCACGGAAUUGGUUUUCCACAAAUCCUCAGCAAACAGACACACUAAAGGAUUGCGGUUAAAAGGCCACGCAGAAACAGAAAUGCAAUGGAAUGUGACCCAAGAAAAUAAUUUUCGUCUUCGCGACGAACAACGUAACAGGUCCGCGUCUAGUGACUACCAUUACUCGCGAACGCGAGGAAGGCGCAGUAAAGAUGGCGUCAACGUUGUUUACAACGACGUCAAAUUUUCCGGGCCGAAUCGGCAAAAUGUUUCACGGCGAUCGACAUCUACUUCGUCCUACUCGGAGUCGCCGACGGACAGUCAAGGCUCGUCAACGGAGUCGGAAAGUUUUAGCUCCUCUGAUUCCUCACACAAGCGCAGGCGGCGUAUAAGGCGAAAGCCGUCAAAUAAGUCGAUUGGUUCAAGUAUUUAUGGGGAGGAUAACACCAGUGAAUCGGAAAAUCAGAGCGUUAGUGAACCCUCCGCUUCUGAUAAUAUGUAUUCUCAUAAUAAACGCAAGAGUAAAUUUGCGCCUGAAGAACUGGCCAGUCUGGGGCCUCUUGUAACAUACAAGGAUCAUCGAAAUACCACUAACAGGCUUAGGUCAAGUAGUUUGACUUCUGUGAGUUCUUUGGAAGGGGCAGGGAUAUCCACAGAUGCUGCUGCUUCUAGAAAUGAAUCUUCAUUGAUCUCUCCCACUGGCACUCGCAUUGCAAAAGUGAAAAAAAUCCAAAUACGAUCGUUUACAUCGUUUGCUGAUAGUCAAUUGAACAAUAAAGAAAAUCUUCCGCAGAGAAGGAGGUCUUCUGAAGAAAGGGAGCCUCUUAAAAUUAGGGGCAGAGCUGAGACGGCUCCAAGAGACAUUCCAAGGACCUCGUUACCAAGGCAAGGCUCAGAGUCACCGUCUCUAUCAAGAAGCCCUUUUAGUCUCAAAUCAAAAGCCCUUGUUCGGAAGACAAGUAGAGAAUCACAGUUCAGUGAUAGUGAAUGUAAUCUUAGUCCUGAUAAAGGGAAUGAGAAGAAAAGUUUGGACACUACAGUUGAAAAGGAACAGGUUACACGGUGCAACUCUGCCCCACCUGAUCCAUUACCUUCAGACAGCAGGGAACCCAGGCUGCAUCAAAGCCUUCUAUCUGACAACAGCAUGCUACUCACUUCACGGAGUGCAUUUGUUCCAGUAAAACCCACAAAAAGAGCUAAUGAUCUUGAACCUAACCCGUCCAUCAUAGAUCCUGUUUCAUUUGCAGCUGCCGAUUCCAGGCUUGGCAAAGUAGCUUCAUCAGCAGGAGAGGAUACUUUAUUACGGCCUGUUGCAAGGAUUGGAAAUCGUCCAUUGUCUAUUGUGCAGGAAACAGAUGAGUUUUCUGAGAUUGUACAACAAGAUGUUACCUAUAAAAAUGAAAGUCUAGUAGUUAGGAGUUCACAAGAGCUCAAGGGCACACCGCCCUGUAUGGACGAGAACACCUCGAUUUCAACCCUUCGGAGACUGUCAUAUGUGAGAGCGCAGACAAACUCAGCUGAUCUUCCUGUCCACUUGUCUGAUUUAUCACCGGUUCAGAUGCGAGGCCUUAAUUCCGGUUCUGAUUCACCUACAUCACUUUCACCUUUGUUUGCUCAGGAUCUUCAAUCAAGCAGGUACAUUUCAGAAGCUGCUAAUGAGACCAAAAAAGUACUAAAAGAGUUUGAUCCACUGACCUCAAAUGAAAUACUAAGAACAGUAACUGAGGGGGAUUUGAUUAGCUUUGAUGACGAGAACGGAGACGUUAAAGAACCAGUUAAAAAGCGAAUAAAGCGGAUUACUCGUCCUAAAAUACCAACAAUUCUUGGUGGCGAAGAUGCUGACAAUUCAAUAGACAUGGAAAGUUUUGAAGCAUCCACUGGUCUUCCUGGGGCAAGUAAUGUUUCUUUCAGUAAAGGUAAGUUAAACAAUAAUGUUUUUUAGUUGUUUCUUCCCAAAGCCAAGGAUUAGCAAAAUAAACCUCCAUGCUGUUUUUCAUGACAGAAUGGGUGGCUUAAGUAUGGAAAGUUUUGUGCAUUUCUUUGGCUAAACCAAUGACUGGGUAACCUGUGGAAUCUCAGUUUUAAAUAAGAUUAAGUGAAGUGAAUUUAAUAUAAAAUGCAUAUUUAAAAGGUGCUCAGUCAUUAGCAAUAUUUUGCUACAUACAAAAUUGCCGUGCAGUCGAAAGGAACCUUAAAAAUUGGUCUGCUAAAACAGAACACCGGGGGAGCUAGGUAAUUUUGGCCUAUAGGGAAUUAAGGAUAAACCAAUAUAUUAUUACAACCCUGGCACUACAGUAAAAUGAUUCUUUUCCUCAGAGUCAGUGACACAUCCUUUAAGGAACAAUUUUAUCUUGGAGUUUUGAAUGAUACUCACAACCCCAAGGCCAUUCACUUUCCUGAAUAAAUAUGAAAGCCCAAAAUGACUUCUGAGUGAAAGCUUCAUGUAAAUUAUCCUUAACAAAUCAAAAACAAUUUUCCAUGGUCCGUACUCUCAAACUCGACCUUGGAAAUGACAUCAAAAUAUUCAAAACUCAAGUGGACCACAAGCUGCAGGCAAGUGGUUUCACUGCAAAAUUUUUGAACAUUUUGAUCUCAUUUCUGUGAUCGAGUAUAAACCGUGGGAAAUUGUGUUCAAUUUGUUUCUUAUGAUAAUGUUGACAGUUAUUGACCUUCAUUUCCAUUGAAGUUUCUUGAAAAUGGUACACACAGGAAAGAGAAAAUCAAAUUGUGCCAUCAUCACACCAUUUUCAUAGUCGGUUCUCUGAAUGACUAUAGCUCUCAACCAAUCAGCAUACGAGAAAUUAUUGUAAAAUUCGAUUUUUCCUAUUGUAUGUUUAUGUCAUUAUUAGAUCAGGAAUCACUAAUUGCGUUAUUCUUUGCGCUACCACUCUUCGAUAAAAGGAGAGUGUUCCCAUUUGGAAAUUGUGGUGCCAUUAUAAGUGCAUAAGUCCCGUCAUCAUAGACAACCCAACACAGCAGCAUAAAAAACUCUUGAGAAAAAAAUUUACAGUGGAAACUGGUUUCAAUUCACAUUUUUUUUCUUCAUGGCUUUAACAUUUGAACCCUCCCUCUUUCUGGCUACCUAUCUACCCUAUGUUGUUGUUAGAAUUUGUAUUCCAUUUUGAUUCUGUUAAUAAGUGAAUGCCAAAAACAACCUUAUGAUUUCUUUUUCAUUACUGUUCAAACCCAGACAAGUUUAAGCAACAACAUGUGUAUGCAUGGUGAAAACUAAGAUGAGGCACUGAAAUAAAUUCUAAUUCAAUAUAAAUAGUUCCCCUUUUAUGUAAAUAAAAACAGAUGUUUUUUUAGCUAAAGAGGAAGUCGUUCAUGUGAAAUAUACCGAGUAUGCAAACAAACUAGGCCUAUCUAAAUAGCUGUCUAAGUGCUGUACCCAUUUCACCAAAUUUCAGUUGACGUUUUGUACCAUUCCAAACAAUGAACUCUGUUUUUUUCUAUUAAUUGCCUUUUGUUUAAGCAGCUUCUCUGAUUUCCCUACAAACAUCUUAGCAUAUUUAAAUUUUCUUGAUCUACAUUCUAAAGUCAUAACUCUUUUUAUGCAAAGAGUAGGAUGUGCUUUGUAAACUGUUUGACACCCUCUCAAUUGCAUUUUAGCCAAAAACACAUUUUUAAUUCAUUUUUAACAGACAUGCAUAUAGCAUGUGAAGCAUUUAACUUAUGUUUGAAUUCAGUUUGCUUAUUGUGCUACUAGAUAAGCCUAGACUAAUGACAUAAAUUAAUUUGCAUUAAACAUCAAGUGUUGAUGUCUUGUUGGUUGAAAUAAAUUGCAUUUAAAUGGUGUCCUCAGACAAAGUGCCGCUUUCAAGUUAGUGUUUUUCAGAAUGGUUUUUAACUUCCAUAAGCCUCUGAGAAACUAAUACAAACAAUUUUAGUGAAAAAGUCAUUAUUUUCAUUUAUCCAGUAUGCUGUUUACUUCACUGAUGACUUAGUUAUUUAAUGAGGUAUUUCUUGUCUUUCAUAUGCCUUGGGUUCAGUUUGCUCAAGAGUCCAACCUUCCCUUUAUUUUAUACAGGUUUGCUGUGUUUAUAACUUAAGUUAGCUGAAUGGAACUGCAGAUAUUUUUUAAUGUCUACUGUGGGGUUAAAUUCUUGCAAGAAUAUAAUGUUGGGGAAAUUCAUCCUCACUUUGUACCUUGAACAAAGGGUGUCAGGAUCUUAAUACCUUUAAGGUGAAAUACAUGCACUAAACACUUGUUGUAAGAGGUGCAUAUGAAAUGCUUUUUCAAACUACACAAUCCAAAAAAGUACAUUUUGAGCUUUAAACUUAGUAUUAGAUGUCAAUGUGUUUUUACUCAUCUUAUGCUCACUAUUUUUGUGAUUGCUAAAUAGACAUCUCAGGAAUGUUUGAUGGACCAAACAGAGACACCAUUAUUGCACAUGAUAGUGAAGAGGAAAGCACCCCAAGAGCAGCUUCGGAUGCCGAGGACAAUCAAACUGCGGAAUCACAUUUUAAUGGCAGUGACGUCAACAAAAAGCAAACUGAUUCGGUGUUUGAUGCUCAAGGCGACAGCAUGGAAGACAUCAAUCAAAGACCAAAACCCAGGAAAAAACUUCAGAAAAGAGCCUCUUUGCCUGUGAUUAGAACAGAAUUUUACCAAGAAGAGGCUACGAAUAAUGACGAGGCACCAUCAUCAGAGGAAAUUCCUAAGUCACCAUCAUUACGAAAGGCAGAAACCAUCAAUGAUCUUUCCUUAGAGCAGGUUGCACACCAUCUCAAGGUUGAUUCAUUGCGGGGAAUUGAUACUGAGCCAGGCAAAGACUUUUUAUUACUGGAUGAUAAGAGUUUAGAGAGCUGUAGCCCUCCGCCAGGGGCAACACCAUCACCCAGUCCUAGUCAAAUGAAUUUUGAUGCGCUCUCAUUAACAACAAGUGGUUUUAGUGAAACCCAUUCUGAGGAAGUGAGUACUGGGGAUCUUAAUGUUGGAUAUGAUCUUUUACAAAUGGACUCCACUGUUAACAAUAAAUCUGUUGAUGAUGCAUGGAGGUCUCAGAGUGACCCUAGUCAUGGUAUUCAGUUAGAGAACACAAUGGCUGAGUUACAGGCUCAUCGCAAUAGCAACAGUGAACCAAACUUGAAUGGAGAAAAAUUGAAGGAGGAAUCUGAACAGUUGGCCAAGAGAGUAAAUGGUGGGAAUCAAGUGGCACCCAAUAGAAAAACCCAUGGGAUAAAGGAGGACGAGGAUGAAGAUGACGUUGAUGAUAAUGAUGAUGACAAAGACAACUCGCUAGCUGACUUGAGUCCAGAUGAUGGAUGCUAUGAACUGGACAAACCUGACAUUAAGAGGAAGCCUUUGCAUAGGGCAAAAUCUGCCCCUACACCAACCACACCGUCAUCGCCCAGAACUCAGAGAAUAGCCAAUUCUUUUGCUGUGGAAAAAGCUCAAGCUAAACUCAACAAACUUGCAGCGAUGGAGACAAUAAUGGAACUGCCAAAUGCAGAACCCUCAGUUCAGAUCCCAGAAAAACCCAAAGUUGAGAAGGCAAAGCGAAGCUCGUCAGUGGAAGGGGGUAUCACUUCACCAACAGCAAGUGAGGGUACAUGUGCUAAAGAAGACAAGAGGAGGCUUUCUAUAUCCAAGGAGCCUGGAAAGAGUCAAAAGUCAAAACAUGUAAGUACUUUAUUGAAACCUGCAGUGUCUAUAGCACAUACACCUACGUCCAAGGCUGUCAUUAAGGGCCAGGGGCAAGGGAUUUUCCCAGCUUUUAUGAUUGUGACCUCCACCUACUUUUGUAGGAAAAUAGACGAAAAAUAGAACCAAACAAAAUCCCUAGUUGUUGGAUUCCCCGUCUACUUGUAUCAUUAGCCUGGCAACUUGAAAUUUUAAUGACAGCCCUGCACGUCACAGCAUUUUUACAUAACGGUGUAUUUUUUGUUGUGUUUUAAUACCUCUCGCUAUGAACUGGAAGCUCUGCAUUGCAUAAGUCCAGAGCUAUCCCAGUUUUAGAGACUGUAUUAUUUUCUGCUCUACAUAUUUUGCUAAGCGUAUUGUGGACUACACUCGCAGCAAAAUCAUUCUUAAAAUAACCUGGUUUGUAGAAGGGCUGUGACUCAUGCAGGACAAAAUAACGUAGUUGAAAACUCCAGAAACAGUAUAGGGGCACCUACAGUUUAAAUUUGGUCAGCUCUUUGUUGGCUUAAUAAUUUACAAUAACUUUCUCUUGUACUUUCAGCAAAUUGAAACAUGCUUGGUGAUUCAAUUUAUUCUGAUUUUGAAAUAGUUAGAAUUGCUUGUUUGUAUAUGUUGUGGUCAAUUUAGUUGUUGCCAUGUCAACUGGGUGACUCAAAUACUAUGAAUGCCAGUUAUUCUGAAGAAAUCAAAGCAUUACUGUACUUUUCAAGCCAAUGCAGUUAUUUUUUUUUAGGGAUCCACAAAUGUUCUUUUAUAACCACAGCUCAAUGAAAUCUUUCCAUAAACUAACUAAAGGCCCUUUUGUAUGUUAAGGUAUUCCAAACAAUUAUAUCAUUGUCUAUUUAAAUGUACAUUUUACUCCUUUGUUAUGAAACAAGAUUAACUGAUAACAAAAGCUCUUGAGAGAUUGAAACCCCUAAUCUUGCAAGGGUUGAAAACAUGACAUUGUCACUCUUUGUACAAGACAUGAUGCCUGAUUAAUUAAUUUGGUUGCAUUCUCGUGAUUGUAAUAUUGGAAUAAUUUGUGGGUGACAUUCAAUCCAAUUCAAAAUAGCUUAACUUCUGUGGAAUUACAUAUGUUGUAAAAGUACAGGUAAUUUCAGUCUGUAUCUCCUCCCAAUCAGAGGGAUUUUUAUGGAAAACUUUAACAAUGAUCGAACACCAUACAAAACAAAAAGGAGUAGUUGAAGUUUAUUGACUUUCAAAAUGUCCUUCCUUUCAUGUCUUAAGCUUGCUUGAUAAAAAUAUUUAUAUUAUAUUUUUUGCACAGCUCUUUACAAUGCAAGCCAGGGGGUAAAGAUCAACAAUAGGCACUCAAGCAUGUAAUAUAACAGUUCAUAGAAGACAGAAUAGAGAAAUCAGUACUCAAAAACACAGAUUACAUGUAAUUAGAAAUACCAUUUACUUUGCACAUCUCAAUUAACCAGUUAAUGGGGCAAAUUAAAAUAUCACCAGCCAUUAAAGAAGACUGAGUUAAACAGAGAUGAAAAUGAUGGGGUCUUAGUCUAUAAUUUUGGUUGGAGUUGAUGGCUGACUCUGUUUGUUGUGGCUUGAUUAUGUUUGUAUGCUACAACGAAGUCCACCCUUUGGAGUCACUAGGACAUUGCACACAGCUUAAGUUUUGAUUGAUGGUGUUUCCUGUCUGUGGUUAGAGUCUUUGUUCUCAGUAAACAAUACUGUUAACAUCAUAAAAAUUUUAUAUUCUGAUGUGCUUCAAAGUCAAGUAGACUCUUAUUGACUGAUGCAGCUUAUGAACAGUGCUUUAGAGAAUGAUGUGAUAAAAUGCUCCAAACUUAAGAAACUGUACAGUGAAACAUCAUUUAAGGAUUGUCAAUCACAUGCUUGAAAAUAUUACUGCAAUUUCAUCAUAAACGUAUAACAUCUGAAUUACUGGUGCAAUGGAGCAUAAAUGAUUCAUGUUUUCAGAUGCUGUUCUUUCAAGAUUUGCUUUGAUCAGAACAUGAAGUGUGAAGUUUCAGCGGACUUUUCAUAAACACCUUAUAAACACUCCAACAGAAGCCUAGCAAAAGUACAUAAUUUUAUAAACAGGAAAUUGUAUAUUUGUUUAUUUAAGUUCAUUAGACCAGCAAGUAGCAAAAGUGUUAAGAGCCAAUUUGUGGUUAGAAUUUAUUGAAGCCACGUUCCAAGGUCAAGCUGAUUACUCUUAAUAAUCAACCAGGCUGUUCCAAAAACAAACAUAUUUUGCCUUGAAACCAGCACUUCCUACAGGAAAAUAGUGUGUUUAGAACUGAAAAUAUAAUUCUUUGUGGGUUAUAUUUAUUUACAUAACUUAGCCACUCUGAUAAGCUUGGCAUUAAGUCUUUUACAAACAGGUGGUGUAAGUUGAUAUUCCAUAUACAUGUAGACCAUUUACAGUGUAAGAACCCCCCGGUCUAAGGUACCCCAAGGAUGUCCUCAACAAGAGAUGCCCCAGGAAUUCAAAUAAUAAAGAAAAAUUUUAUUAGAGCAUUCUGCAAAUGAAAUGGACUGAUGGCACACAUAUUUUAUUAAUAAAUUCAUAUUUUUUGUUCUCAAACCGUCUUGAAGUUAAUGAUCAUAAAGGAUUUGGUACAUUUUUUUGUUGCAUAUUGUUAUCUACACUGUAUCUGUUAACUGUUCCCGUUACUUAAUUAUUAUAUGUAUAUCAGAAGUCUUGUUGGUUAUGAAUAAAUGAGUACAGAAUGGUAGAUAAUCUGAUACAACUGCUAUUGCUUUGUGUUUCCAUAGGAUCUCAGGGCUCAUGUGUUGAAAAAUUUGCUGGAUACAGAAUCGUCUUACGUGCAGAAUCUUCAGUUUCUUGUAUCGGUAGGUUUUCAUGUUGUUUUAUGCUCCUGUAAUAUGUAUUUAUGAUAAUGAAUAAUUCAUAAUUUAUGGGUGUGAAUAAUAAUGAAGCUGCAUCGACAUAAUUAUCAUAAUUCAUUAUAAAGUGCCUUUGGGUCUUGGAAACCAAAUACUCCAUGACACAUUUCAAAAAAUGCCACACUUUACUAAGUUAGUAUUGAGGCAGUUUACAAUUCUAAGAAAUGAAAGCAACAGUUAUUAAACAGUUCUCCAUGUCUUUGCUACUGCUCAUGUGUAUGUUUUACAGGAGGUGGGAAGGAGAUUUAAUUAAAUGACUCAAGUUAUAAGAUACGCUGGCCAUGAGGUUUUGAAUUUAAAGUAGAGGAUCAAUUGAGUACAUGAGUAGAUCAGUACUUAAGAUUAUGAGAUUAAAAGAUAUAAAGACUUACUUUUGAAAUAGAUAUUAUCAAGUAAAAUGAUUUUCUAAACAUCUACUAGCUUUUUAAUUAAACCUCAAACAUAAGUACACAAUUACAAUUUGCAAGGUGUCAAGUGGAAAGAAAGCUGCUUCUUUGACAUAAUCCACUGUCUGAAAGUGUCAGAUUUCUGUUAAUGAACAUUGUGUACUGUUAUUUGAAACUUGGAAAUAUGUGAUGCAGCCCUUACUUGAGAAAUUUAUAUAGAAAAUGUUGGGAGCAUUCUAUAAAAUGAAAUCAAUAAUACUGUAGAAUAGGACUAUUUUGCAUUGUUCUAUUGGUGGCUACAUUGUAUCUUGAAUAUUAUACUUUUUUGUGUAGUGGACAAUUUUAGAGGGCAUGUAUUAACAAUGACACUAUUCUUUAUUGUCUACACUGGUUUCAUCUAAAAUGAGGUAGUUUAUAUGCAUUUAUUAAUUGCUUUUAAGUGUAGGUAAUAGAUCUCUAAUUCUUGCAAUUUCUGAAUACUCAAACAACUGAAUAUAAAAUUAGGGUUAGAAUUGUAAAUUUCGCUUGCCAGUGCCUGAAGACCUACGAAGUAAAUGUGCUUAUGAAUAGGAUUAAGCAUUGUUAAAAAUUGAUGGAAUGAAGCAUUAUUUCAGAGAGAAACUUGUGUUUUCAUGCACAUGUGAAUUAUGACUCAAUCAUCAAAACAUGUAUGACACUGAUUGCAGGGUUAGAGCCUACUAAAAUGUUAAGAAUUCGGUAAAUUGGGAAACACUUAAGAGCUUGAAAUAGAGAAGUAUUGUGUUGCAAAUAGGUGACAAAAGAAAAACACAAUAAGAUUUAAAACAAAUAAAUAAGGCUCUCUUUAGGGUAAAUUGUCAUGCUUUGGCUUCCCUUUAAAAAAGCCACUUCCUACACAACAUGGAUCAGCAACCAUAAUACUCUUUUAACUCCUACUAUGUAUUGUUCGGGUCCUUUUUUAAUUAAUUAGCCCUGCUUGGUUUCCAUGCCCAAGUAAAAUAAACAUGUCGUUUCAGCACACACACAGUUGGUAAUUUUGUUUCCCUUAGCAGAAAGUAGACUUUUUGUUUGAUUGUCUCCGACAUGUUUUCAUUUCCUGUUUACUUUACGGUCCACUUCUAAAUUCCUUCUAUAUUAUUUUUUUGUUAUUCAAGGCAAAUUUCCUCUUCCUUUUGCUUUCUAGUUUUGGAAACUAUCUUUAAGAGGAGGAAAUGUUAUGCAAUUUUAAUGUAACUCCAAUGAAUUUGUGGUUGUUUUGUGGCUGUUUAAGUGAAACUUAAAUCUGGCAAUACUUUUGCAUGGAGCUACUUGGUUACCAGUUUUAAGUCAAAUGAAAAUGUGCCUUUUCUUGAACUUUGAACAAGGAGUGAAAGACAAAGCAAACAAGGAAAUGGCAUCACAGCAGACUUAUGUGCUAAGUACAUGAAACAUUGUUAAACAAGAUAAUGAGUAGAAGAGACCAAGCAAGUUUAAGCAAGUGGUUUUAGUCUUGCUUGUGCAGAAAGUUUUGUUAAAAACUGCUUCAAAAAUUUUACCAUGGAUCUCUAGACCGAUCCUUGAGUAUGUAUUGGAGUAGUUUAUCUAUGAAAAUCACACUUAAAAACCCAACAAAACUUUUAUAAGCCUCAUGUGAGAAUGAAUAAUGGCAAGCAGAUAAUUUUUUUUUAAGGCACUCAGUCAUUGAAAACCCACUCCAUGAUACCUAAAAAAUUUGAAAAAUAAUGCUUUUCAAAAAAAUAUCAAACAUUAUCGUCUGUCCGAGCAAUACUGUUGUUACCGAACAUUACCUUUAGAUCUGUCUAAACUCACUUCUUCCUAAAACUUGUCUACAGUUAUAUCUUACUUUUUUCACAUCUUUCUUAUUUUGCUGUACAGUAAACAAUUAUUUAAAAAAAACCUUCUUUUUUAAAGUCUGGCAAAAUAGGUUCUUUUNCACUUAAGAGCUUGAAAUAGAGAAGUAUUGUGUUGCAAAUAGGUGACAAAAGAAAAACACAAUAAGAUUUAAAACAAAUAAAUAAGGCUCUCUUUAGGGUAAAUUGUCAUGCUUUGGCUUCCCUUUAAAAAGGCCACUUCGUACACAACAUGGAUCAGCAACCAUAAUACUCUUUUAACUCCUACUAAGUAUUGUUUGGGUCCUUUUUUAAUUAAUUAGCCCUGCUUGGUUUCCAUGCCCAAGUAAAAUAAACAUGUCGUUUCAGCACACACACAGUUGGUAAUUUUGUUUCCCUUAGCAGAAAGAAGACUUUUUGUUUGAUUGUCUCCGACAUGUUUUCAUUUCCUGUUUACUUUACUGUCCACUUCUAAAUUCCUUCUAUAUUAUUUUUUUGUUAUUCAAGGCAAAUUUCCUCAUCCUUUUCCUUUCUAGUUUUGGAAACUAUCUCUAAGAGGAGGAAAUGUUAUGCAAUUUUAAUUAACUUCAAUGAAUUUGUGGUUGUAAUCCUGUUUUGUGGCUAUUUAGGUGAAACUUAAAUCUGGCAAUACUUUUGCACAGAGCUACUUGGUUACCAGUUUUAAGUCAAAUGAAAGUGUGCCUUUUUUUUAACUUUGAACAAGGAGUGAAAGAUAAAGCAAACAAGGAAAUAGCAUCACAGCAGACUUAUGUGCUAAGUACAUGAAGCAGUGUUAAACAAGAUAAUGAGUAGAAGAGACCAAGCAAGUUUAAGCAAGAAGUUUUAGUCUUGCUUAUGCAGAAAGUUUUGUUAAAAACUGCUUCAAAAAUUUUACCAUGGAUCUCUAGACCGAUCCUUCAGUAUGUAUUGGAGUAGUUUAUCUAUGAAAAUCACACUUAAAAACCCAACAAAACUUUUAUAAGCCUCAUGUGAGAAUGAAUAAUGGCAAGCAGAUGAGUUUUUUUAAGGCAAUCAGUCAUUGAAAGCCCACUCCAUGAUACCUAAAAAAUAUGAAAAAGAAUACUUUUCAAACAAAAAAUCAAACAUUAUCUUCUGUCCGAGCAAUACUCUUGUUACCGAACAUUACCUUUAGAUCUGUCUAAACUCUUUUCUUCCUAAAACUUGUCUACAGUUGUAUCUUACUUUUUUCACAUCUUUCUUAUUUUGCUGUACAGUAAACAAUUGCUAAUAAGAACCUACUGUUUUAAAGUCUGGCAAAAUAGGUUCUUGUAUUUUGGGUUACUUAUUGGCAAUUUAGGCUAAGUAGGUUCUUAAUUUUUUAUGAAGGAGAUAAUAGAUUGUUGAUUACAAGAAAAAAAAUAAACUUUUUAUUUAUUAACAAUAUUAUUGUAUCAUUAUAACCCUAACAAAACUGAUUACCAAGUUAAUAUUCAGUUUAGUAGAGUAUGUUCUUGUUAUACUUAAAUUUAUGAUCUCAAAGUUACACUCCUUGGUUAAAUUGCUUAUCAGAAUUUAACUGUAACCAGCAUGUAAGAAUCUGUUUGAUCUUGCUUGGCUAAACAAUUUCUUGUAUUUUUGGCUAUUAAAGUGGCAAAUUUCUGCCAGAAGGUUCUUAAUUGACAGGUUCUUAUUAGCGGGUGUUUACUGUAACUGUUUUUAAUUAUUUUGUUCUUUUUCACCCUCUUUCUGGUUUCUGGCCUUUAUAUCAAACAAAACCUACUGUAAAAUUCUGAAAAUAAGCCCCUCCAUGUAUAAGCCAUCCAAACCGGAAACGCAAGAAACCCUCCGUUUAAUCGCCCCUCCAAAUAUUAGCCCCCCGGGGGCUUGUGCUUGGAAAAUUGCCCUCAAAUACAAAGUAAAACAAAGCAAAAACGGUACAUUUAUGUCCAACCAUAUGGCUAGCCCAAUUGAUUUUGAAACACAAGAUAAGCCCCUCCAAAAAUAAGCCCCUCAAAAAGGGCCUUUGAAAAAUAUAAGCCUGGGGCUUAUUUUUGGAAUUCUAUGGUAAUUCGUAUUAUGAGGGCUAACUAGAAAACCAAAAUGGUUUAAUCGGCCACAGCACCAUAUUUCGAAGUUGAUGAUUAACAUCAAAUAGAAAUGUUUAUCACUAUAAACAAAUAAAAGGCUGUAAUUUAAUACUAGUUAAUCACUUUGAGGAGAAUAAAUUGAAUUGAAUUAAACUCUGAUUAGGUCUGUGUAAUUUUCACUUACUAGAGCUACUACAAAGCACUGAAGAAACAGGAAAAUGCAGGGAUUGUGGAUACUGCACAAGUAGACGAAAUGUUUUAUCAAAUUCCUGAAAUUCUUCUCUGCCAUGAGUUUUUCCUCCAGCAACUUCAAGCCAGGGUUAAUGAAUGGCAUGACAAGCAAAAGAUUGGCGACAUCUUUGUUUCCACGGUAACUAUUCUAAAUAUUGAUACAACUUGUUUUCGCUUCAAAUUUUAACCCUCACUGUUAAAUUUCUGUUAAUGAAAUAUCAAGCAGUGAUUGUUGCAGAAAAAAAAUUGUCUAUAAUGCUUUAUCAAGACUACCCUGCAUGGGAGGGUAAAAGGUUGAUGGAGGAGUGUCAUCUCUUCGUCUCCUAUGCAUGUCUGUGCCUCCAGCUAUCGUAGUUGAAUCAAGGCAUUUUCUGAAAACAGGCCCCAAUUGCAAAACACCAUUUACAGUGUGACUACUAGACAAGGUUGACCAAUUGCAUCACAGGAAAAGAACAAUACAUUCCAAGAAAGUUAGUUGUCAAUCAUAAUCGAAAUAAACAACAUAGAUCGAAAUCAACCAAUUGCAACCUACAGACCUGACCUUUUGAACCCACUGAAGAAAGCCCAUGUUUCCUGAGAGGUCCAUUAGAGUGAAUGACGCAGGCAAAAACUGUAAGACUGUUAAAUUUUUUACAUGAGGUCAUUAUGUUUUUUGAAAUGUGCUGGAAUGUAAAAAAUGUGAAAUGGUAGCAAAGAAAUUGCUGGUAGAUGACAAAAUAACAGCUUCUCUCAAACAAAUAUGUCUCCUGGGUGUUAUAUGUAAGGUCCCAAACAGAAACACAUUGUAGGGUGAAACAUUUGCUUUAUUGAAAAAUGUUUGCUAUCUAAAUUUUGUGCUUUGAGUAACUUAUUGUUUUAUUACAAGCUGAUGAUUGGCCCAAAACCAACUUUCUUUGAAUGUAUUGUUAAUUUCCUGCAAUCUGAUUGGUCAACUUUGUCGAAGUGGCCCCAGUUACAGUAGUCGCACUGUAACUUACUAGCUUCAUUAUUUGUUUUACUAGUUUACCAAGUGUUUCUUAGUGGAUGCAUACAGUGCCUUCAUCAACCACUUCCUACAAGCCCGAGCAGCAGUUAGAGUGGCCACAAUGUCCAGACCAGCUUUUGUGCGGUAUAUGGAGGUACAUCAGCAUUUUUUCUUUCUGUCAUCGCGGUCAUCAUGCCUUUCUUUUCUCUGCAAGGAGAUCAAGGCCUUACUUAUUACUAUAACUGUAAUCACCUGCUUAUAUAGAGAUGAGUCCAUGUACAGCUCAGAUAGACUAUCCCAAAAUUAAUGAUCAGUUCAAGGAAGGUCAUGGGCUUUAUUCCUAUCUGAUGAGAAUUUCACUUCCCUUGUCUCACACUCAACAGCAAUUUAUUUCGUAAUAAACCUAGUCACUCCUGAAAUGUAUUGUGAAAUUUAUAGUAGCUCGCUCAUGUUGAUGUUAACUUGGCAGUAAGCCAUAAUCGAUCCCUGGUGAUUCUCCAUAAUGCUUUUUAUCUUUUCAUGAAAACCAAACAUUUUAAUGUACUGAAACUUACUGCCCAGCACCUCAGUGAAAACGGUAAGUCUUCUGAGAACUAGUUAGUUUAAUAAGGGACCUUUACUUAAAAUCUAAACUCAACUUACACCUUUGGUAAAAACUUGGCCUCCUAUAGUGUGUGUGUUUGGUUGUAUCUUUUAGCAAUGUUCCCGCGAUCAUAAAGAAAAGUUAACUCUCCAAGACUUGAUGAUCAUGCCAGUACAAAGAAUCCCUCGAUAUGAACUUAUACUGAAGGUAAGGAAUCUAUGCAUGCAAGUUGCCACUAGGGUACUGUGUAUUUUUGCGUAAUAUUGCACAGUGUGUACAAUGAAAUAUGACUUUUGAUCAAUAGACCAGUUAAGCUUCAUCCACAUAGGUUAUAUGACACUGACUUGACAACCUUCACCUUCACAACCUUACUGGGCAAGACUUUACCGUCUUGGGGCUGCAGUGAUUUGACUGAAUUAACCCUUUCGUGCGCAAUCGUACGAAUUCGUACGAUCGGAAGGGGUCUGCAGAAAAAUGGUCAGCGUACAUUUGCAUGAGUCUUGGGUAGCCUGUGGUGACUUGAUCAAGAAAAAGAACAACAUGUGCGACAUUUUGUGUCUUUAUGAUCAAGUGUGGUCAAAUUUUCGAUAUUUUAUUGACCUCAGCGGCACGCGAACUCAAAUAAUGGCGACGGAAGACGAAGAUCUUUCAGCUUCGGUUAUAUUUUUGGGGAUUUUUCGCGGUAAUAGUCGUGUUUUUCGAUGAGUUCUUCAGCGAACUACGAGGCUUAAGAUUCAAACAGUUGAACUUUUAAGUGUGUGGUGCUGUCGAGGAAAGGUGCUGGAUUUAUAGGCUUGAAAGGUACCUCGAAGCAAAAUUUGUCAUUUUACAAAAAAACAUAUGCAAAUAGCGCCAUUUUGUAUCGACCAGUCAAAGAUUUUAGCCAUUCUUUCAUAGUUUUAACACCGUUUAUUUUGCUUUCUUGGUUUCAAAAUAAAGCUUGUGUGACAUGGGAUCGAUUUGUCUCACUGGCUUUGAUGUAUGUUGCUGUGUGGAGUUAUCAUGCAGUGAUAAACUUUAUAGGCAACUAUUUUGAGACACACUUUUGUCAAGUUUUUAUUUUUAAAAAAUUCUCAAAAAUGGGUUUCUGUUACCGAAUGCGGGCUAGCUUCAAUUUAAUGUAUCCCGAAACAGUCUAGGUCAAUUUUUGACAUCAUACUAUCAAGAUCGAUGCCAAGAAAUAAAUUUUUUGUUGGCAGUAUUUUUAGCGGACACUUAAGAGCUUGAAAUAGAGAAGUAUUGUGUUGCAAAUAGGUGACAAAAGAAAAACACAAUAAGAUUUAAAACAAAUAAAUAAGGCUCUCUUUAGGGUAAAUUGUCAUGCUUUGGCUUCCCUUUAAAAAAGCCACUUCCUACACAACAUGGAUCAGCAACCAUAAUACUCUUUUAACUCCUACUAUGUAUUGUUCGGGUCCUUUUUUAAUUAAUUAGCCCUGCUUGGUUUCCAUGCCCAAGUAAAAUAAACAUGUCGUUUCAGCACACACACAGUUGGUAAUUUUGUUUCCCUUAGCAGAAAGUAGACUUUUUGUUUGAUUGUCUCCGACAUGUUUUCAUUUCCUGUUUACUUUACGGUCCACUUCUAAAUUCCUUCUAUAUUAUUUUUUUGUUAUUCAAGGCAAAUUUCCUCUUCCUUUUGCUUUCUAGUUUUGGAAACUAUCUUUAAGAGGAGGAAAUGUUAUGCAAUUUUAAUGUAACUCCAAUGAAUUUGUGGUUGUUUUGUGGCUGUUUAAGUGAAACUUAAAUCUGGCAAUACUUUUGCAUGGAGCUACUUGGUUACCAGUUUUAAGUCAAAUGAAAAUGUGCCUUUUCUUGAACUUUGAACAAGGAGUGAAAGACAAAGCAAACAAGGAAAUGGCAUCACAGCAGACUUAUGUGCUAAGUACAUGAAACAUUGUUAAACAAGAUAAUGAGUAGAAGAGACCAAGCAAGUUUAAGCAAGUGGUUUUAGUCUUGCUUGUGCAGAAAGUUUUGUUAAAAACUGCUUCAAAAAUUUUACCAUGGAUCUCUAGACCGAUCCUUGAGUAUGUAUUGGAGUAGUUUAUCUAUGAAAAUCACACUUAAAAACCCAACAAAACUUUUAUAAGCCUCAUGUGAGAAUGAAUAAUGGCAAGCAGAUAAUUUUUUUUUAAGGCACUCAGUCAUUGAAAACCCACUCCAUGAUACCUAAAAAAUUUGAAAAAUAAUGCUUUUCAAAAAAAUAUCAAACAUUAUCGUCUGUCCGAGCAAUACUGUUGUUACCGAACAUUACCUUUAGAUCUGUCUAAACUCACUUCUUCCUAAAACUUGUCUACAGUUAUAUCUUACUUUUUUCACAUCUUUCUUAUUUUGCUGUACAGUAAACAAUUAUUUAAAAAAAACCUUCUUUUUUAAAGUCUGGCAAAAUAGGUUCUUUUAUUUUGGGUUACUUAUUGGCAAUUUAGGCUAAGUAGGUUCUUAAUUUUUUAUGAAGGAGAUAAUAGAUUGUUGAUUACAAGAAAAAAAUAAACUUUUUAUUUAUUAAUAAUAUUAUCGAUCAUUAUAACCCUAACAAAACUGAUCACCAAGUUUAUAUUCAGUUUAGUAGAGUAUGUUCUUGUUAUACUUAAAUUUAUGAUCUCAAAGUUCCACUCCUUGGUUAAAUUGUUUAUCAGAAUUUAACUGUAACCCGCAUGUAAGAAUCUGCUUGAUCUUGCUUGGCUAAACAAUUUCUUGUAUUUUUGGGUAUUGAAGUGGCAAAUUUCUGCCAGAAGGUUCUUAAUCGACAGGCUCUUAUUAGCGGGUGUUUACAGUAACUGUUUUUAAUUCGUUCUUUUUCCCCCUCUUUCUGGUUUCUUGCCUUUAUAUCAAACAAAACCUAAUUCGUACUAUGGGGGCUAACUAUAAAACCAAAAUGGUUUAACCAGCCACGGCACCAUAUUCGAAGUUGAAAAUUACUAUCAAAUAGAAAUGUUUAUCACUAUACACAAAUAAAAGGCUGUAAUUUAAUACUAGUUAAUCACUUUGAGGAGAAUGAAUUGAAUUGAAUUAAAAUCUGAUUAGGUCUGUGUACAAUAAUUUUCACUUACUAGAGCUACUACAAAGCACUGAAGAAACAGGAAAAUGCAGGGAUUGUGGAUACUGCACAAGUAGAUGAAAUGUUUUAUCAAAUUCCUGAAAUUCUUCUCUGCCAUGAGUUUUUCCUCCAGCAACUUCAAGCCAGGGUUAAUGAAUGGCAUGACAAGCAAAAGAUUGGCGACAUCUUUGUUUCCACGGUAACUAUUCUUAAUAUUGAUACAACUUGUUUUCUCUUCAAAUUUUAACCCUCACUGUUAGACUUCUGUUAACGAAAUAUCAAGCAGUGAUUGUUGCAGAAAAAAAUUGCCUAUAAUGCUUUAUCAAGACUACCCUGCAUGGGAUGGGUAAAAAAUGGAUGGAGGAGUGUCAUCUCUUUGUAUCCUAUGCAUGUCUAUGCCUCCAGCUAUCAUAGUUGAAUCGAAGGCAUUUUCUGAAAACCGGCCCAAAUUGCAAAACACCAUUUACGGUGCAACUGCUAGACAAAGUUGACCAAUUGGAUCACAGGAAAAGAACAAUACAUUCCAAGAAAGUUAGUCGUCAAUCAUAAUCGAAAUAAACAACAUUGAUCGAAAUCAACCAAUUGCAACCUACAGACCUGACCUUUUGAACCUACUGAAGAAAGCCCAUGUUUCCUGAGAGGUCCGUUAGAGUAAAUGAAGCAGGCAAAAACUGUAAGACUGUUAAAUUUUUUACAUGAGGUCGUUAUGUUUUUGUAAUGCGCUGUAAUGGUAGCAAAGAAAUUUCUGGUAGAUGACAAAAUAACAGCUUCUCUCAAACAAAUGUCUCCUGGGUGUUGUAUGUAAAGUCCCGAACAGAAACACAUUGUCGGGUGAAACAUUUGUUUUAUUGAAAAAUGUUUGCUAUCAAUGUCUAAAUUUUGUGCUUUGAGUAACUAAUUGUUUUAUUACAAGCUGCUGAUUGGCCCACAACCAACUUUCUUGGAAUGUAUUGUUAAUUUCCUGUAAUCUGAUUGGUCAACUUUGUCUAAGUGGCCCCAGUUACAGUAGUCGCACUGUAACUUACUAGCUUCAUUAUUUGUUUUACUAGUUUACCAAGUGUUUCUUAGUGGAUGCUUACAGUGCCUUCAUCAACCACUUCCUACAAGCCAGAGCAGCAGUUAGAGUGGCCACAAUGUCCAGACCAGCUUUUGUGCGGUAUAUGGAGGUACAUCAGCAUUUUUUCUUUCUGUCAUCGUGGUCAUCAUGCCUUUCUUUUCUCUGCAAGGAAAUGACCGGUUCAAGGAAGGUCAUGGGUUUUGUUCCUAUCUGAUUAGAAUUUCACUUCGCUUGUCUCACACUCAACAGCGAUUUCCUAAUAAACCAAGUGACUCCUGAAAUGUAUUGUGAAAUUUAUAGUAGCCCUCUUAUGUUGAUAAUAACUUGGCAAUAAGCCUUCAUCGAUCCCUGGUGAUUCUCCAUUAUGCUUUUUAUCUUUUUAUGAAAACCAAACAUUUUAAUGAACUGAAACUUACUGCCCCACGCCUCAGUAAAAGCGGUAAGUCUUCUGAGAACUAGUUAGUUUAAUAAGGGACCUUUACUUAAAAUCUAAACUCAACUUACACCUUUGGUAAAAACUUGGCCUCCUAUAGUGUGUGUGUUUGGUUGUAUCUUUUAGCAAUGUUCCCGCGAUCAUAAAGAAAAGUUAACUCUCCAAGACUUGAUGAUCAUGCCAGUACAAAGAAUCCCUCGAUAUGAACUUAUACUGAAGGUAAGGAAUCUAUGCAUGCAAGUUGCCACUAGGGUACUGUGUAUUUUUGCGUAAUAUUGAACAGUGUGUACAAUGAAAUAUGACUUUUGAUCAAUAGACCAGUUAAGCUUCAUCCACAUAGGUUAUAUGACACUGACUUGACAACCUUCACCUUCACAACCUUACUGGGCGAGACUUUACCUUCUUGGGGCUGCAGUGAUUUGACUGAAUUAAGAUCAAGGUAGACUCUCAAAGAUUGAAGUUUAUUCAAUUCCUACACCUUUAAUUCUAGGACAUGAUAAAACACACCCCACAUGAUCACCCUGAUCAUGGCAGCCUGCAGCUUGCUCUGGGAGAGAUCAAGACACUAGCAGACAGAAUGAACAGAGGAGAAAAGGAGGUGGAUCAGGCUGAGAGGGAAGCUGAGAGACUCCGUGAUCUUGAAGCAACAAUUGAAGGCAUGACUGAGGUAUUGUAAGUUAUUUUUGUAGCUGUUCUUACCCCGACUACAGUUGAAAUACUGAAAGUAUGUGUUACUACCCUGGUUCUUUCAUCACAGUUGUGGUAUAAAUUUGAUUGAGAAAAUAUCUCUUGAAAAUCAUCAACAAUAAAUGAUCCCAAGCACUUUUAAGGAGGAAUAUUUCAGGGGUGAGCAGUUGUGUAAUAUUUUUCAACACAAGAAGAGAAAUUUCUUAUCUUCUAAUGGCCAUGUUAUGUUCUCUGUAAUGUUCUAUGUUCUACAGGGUUCAUACAAAAAAUUGCAACCAUUUUUAAGGACCUUCCAAGGACUUUUCAAGGACCACAUUCGAUUUUCAAGGACCACCUACUUUGUGGAAAUUCUGGAGCAAUGGGUGGGGGUGGGGGUUCAUCAGUUCCUUACAAAUAUGGAAAAUCCAGGGAGGUGUGGGGGUCCUAAGUGAAAAUCCCUCUGGCGUGGGGUAUGGAUAUUUUCUGGAACCACACAUUUAUGAUUUAUAUUCCAUCUUGGACAACCAAAAAGCAUUUAAAACCACUUUCCAUGCCACUACAUUCAAAGUUGAAGAAAAUUCAAGACUUGCACAGAAAUUUAAGGACUUUUCAAGGACUACCCCUAAAAUUCAAGGUUUUUUCAAGACUGUGCAGACCCUGUGCAAUACCAAACCAUUUCACCCUUUUUUUAAUAGUAAAGGCAGGACCACAUGUAACCAUAGCAACAGUGUCCUUUUCACAUGUGAAGACAACAUAUUAUUUUUACGUGUUGAGAUAUCAUGUUUUGCGGAAAGGCACACCUGGUAUGUCAUUGGUGUUUUAUAAUUAUAAUAAUAAAAAAAGUAAUGUUAAUUUUAUCCAGACAACCCCAUGCACCUUGCUGUACAAGAUAUCAGCCUUUUCGAGAAAGGUUUUUGGAAAAAAAUGCACACGACAAUCCUGAAAGGUAUUGUGGGUGGUUUUGAAAUUUGAAAGAAUGACACGAGAGGCCAUAGAAGUAUGUUUGCGAUUGCUAAAGGAAAGCAACAAUAGAAGAUUCGACAGCUACAGUGUCAGGAACAGCAUAUUGAUCAUCUCCCACAUUACCUUUCAGGAUUAAUGCGUGUGCAUUUUUUCUGACAACCUUUCUCGAAAUAGCUGUACAUGUAUGUAAGUACCUGAGUAUUAAACAAAAGUUCUUUCGUUGGCAGCUUGUUACUCCUACUCGGCGGUUGAUACGGCAAGACUUGGUUGCUGAAGUUGUAAGUACUUGUUAACACAUCUACCAAUGUUGAAAAAAGAGCCUAUACAUGAAUGAGAUAAAUAAGAUUUUUUCCUCAAAUCAGAGCAGUAACAGUUGAGAUAUAAGCAAUAAAUUGUAAAACUUCAACGUGUAUAUAAGCCCAUUCUGUUUCUAGUACAUCUUACUGGGUCUGUUGGUACCCUUAGCUAUAUGCGUACGUUGAUCAAAGGCCCAACAAAAAGACAAAAACAAAAACAGGGAAAAUAAAAGAAAAGAGAAAAGAAAAAGAAAAUGUUCUAUAAAACUCAAGUUACUGCAGUUCUGCCAUUACUUCUUGGCCAUAUUGCAGUAAAUUGAUUUUUAAGCAUACUCUUGGGCUAACAUAUGCACUGGUUAUUAAAUGCUUACCAUGAAUUUUGUCUGCAACUGCUUUUUUACUUUUUUUUAUACAUUAUAAGGGAAAGGUGGUGGAAUUCUCCACUUUAUAUCAGGAAUAGAUCCAUAAAGGGUCAUUUUGUUGAUCUUCUUUGUUUNUGCUAAAGGAAAGCAACAAUAGAAGAUUCGACAGCUACAGUGUCAGGAACAGCAUAUUGAUCAUCUCCCACAUUACCUUUCAGGAUUAAUGCGUGUGCAUUUUUUCUGACAACCUUUCUCGAAAUAGCUGUACAUGUAUGUAAGUACCUGAGUAUUAAACAAAAGUUCUUUCGUUGGCAGCUUGUUACUCCUACUCGGCGGUUGAUACGGCAAGACUUGGUUGCUGAAGUUGUAAGUACUUGUUAACACAUCUACCAAUGUUGAAAAAAGAGCCUAUACAUGAAUGAGAUAAAUAAGAUUUUUUCCUCAAAUCAGAGCAGUAACAGUUGAGAUAUAAGCAAUAAAUUGUAAAACUUCAACGUGUAUAUAAGCCCAUUCUGUUUCUAGUACAUCUUACUGGGUCUGUUGGUACCCUUAGCUAUAUGCGUACGUUGAUCAAAGGCCCAACAAAAAGACAAAAACAAAAACAGGGAAAAUAAAAGAAAAGAGAAAAGAAAAAGAAAAUGUUCUAUAAAACUCAAGUUACUGCAGUUCUGCCAUUACUUCUUGGCCAUAUUGCAGUAAAUUGAUUUUUAAGCAUACUCUUGGGCUAACAUAUGCACUGGUUAUUAAAUGCUUACCAUGAAUUUUGUCUGCAACUGCUUUUUUACUUUUUUUUAUACAUUAUAAGGGAAAGGUGGUGGAAUUCUCCACUUUAUAUCAGGAAUAGAUCCAUAAAGGGUCAUUUUGUUGAUCUUCUUUGUUUCUUUCAACAGAAAGGAAAUAUGACUAAGAAAGAUCGCUGCCUAUUCCUGUUCAACGACAUGCUGGCUUGUGCAACUGUUAAGAGAAAGGCUAAUGCUCUACGAAGAGGCUCAUUAAGCAUGUAAGUCCAUACACUAUCCACAGAGCACUAACUAAAUAUUCUCUUGAUAAACAUAACAAAAAUCAUGUUCUUUGGUUUCUUUGCUAGAUUUUCUGGUUCAGGAACAGAGUUUAACAAAUACAAACUACUUUGGAGACUUCACCUUGAAUAUGUGGAAAUUUACAAAUGUAAGAAGUGCUCUCUUUUGCAAGCUUCCAGACAUGUGUGUGUAAUACAUGGACUAACUUUACACUCUUUUAUCCUUUCUGCUUAUGUUACCUUAGAAAAACAUGCUCAUUCUCUCUCAAAAAUUGAACAAAAGAAUAUAUAGCUAAACCUCCAUAUGCAACCACCCCUAGUUGGCAACCACCUAUUCAAAAACCCUAAAAUUUUCCUGGUCAAAUCACUGCACUAAUUUUGAGACCUUCCCUAAAUGACCACCUCUUGUAAGUGACGGCAUCCACCUUUUGGAUGAUGGUUUUAAAAUUUUCCAUUGUUUUUAUCCUCUUGUAAGUGGCCACUGGAGGCAUGAUUUAAAUUUCUUUGUUUGCUGUAUGUACUUCACUUAUCAGACUGUGCCAAAAACUUUUGCGACAACGUGAAACUACACAUAUUGUCAAUAUUAGAAAUUGCAAGCAAUGAAUUCUUUUCUGAGAUGUAGAUGUGUGCGGUUCCCUUCUAGGAGGGGACCCCUUGUGGUUUGAUUCAUGUAAGUGUCCACUUCCUGUGUAAGGGACCAUGAAAUCUUUGUAUUUUGGGUGGUUGCUUAUGGGGGUUUGCCUGAAAUUAUAAUGCCAACAAACAAACUGACCGCGUACCUAUAACUCAUUGUUAUGUCUUGAUAAUUUUGUUGUAUGCAGCAUCUCCUGAGGCUCAGAGGCGGAAUAGUUUAGAAAAACAGUUGGAGAAGCUUGAUAAUGACAUGUCAUCACUCAGCAAGAUCAGUGCCUUGGCUGACACUCUUACAAUAGGACAUGUGGUAAAUAUAAACUAUUGAUGUACCUUUUCAGUCUAGCUUAUGUUCAAAACAAAAAGACAAAUUAUUUUUAAUAAUCAUUGCCUCAAUGCACAGGUCAUGGAAAAACCUGGAAAGUCAUGAAAAUUAAUUUACAAAAAUUCAGUUUCCAGGCCUGAAUUAUGUGUGUUAGAUAAGUUACUACAGAUGUCAAUGCACAGGGUUGUCAAUAAGGGCCGGUAGCUGGCCAAAACCGCCGGAUAGUUAGCCAUCCUUAGCCGGCUACUUUUAUCUCCUUCUACAUGUUCCAUAACUGCUAAAUAAAAAUUGAGCGCCAUCAAAUAAAAUUAUAAAGCACCCGUUUCCCAGUUUUGAAUAACAUUGAACGCAUAUUUAAACAGGCUUGGAUCUGUGAAAUGUUCGAACCGUGCAAUAUCGUGGAACAGCUGAGACAUUUCAAUGACAUUGUUCCCAGUCUUGCUUGUAUUCUGAUGAAACAACGGUGGCAUCCGCGGUGCAAAAUACCUUUUGAAAACCCCUGGAAAUGCCAUUUCUGAGACUCUAAAUUUCAAAAUGUCCCUAGACACCUCAGCCCUCAAGAAAUUAUGCCUUUGGUGUGAGUUCCGCCAACUAUUCAUUAUCAGCCUGCUAAUUAAAACCUUUUUGACAGCCCUGAUGCAAGGACACUGUCUUGAUUGCAGCUAAAAAUUUGAAAGCAUUCAGACAGCAUUCAUUUUGGUAAACACCAGAGUUUGUGCCUGUUAUGAACGAAGUUAGAUAAAAAAAUAGCCCAAAACAAGGAAGGUCAUGGAAAACUUGAAAAGGUCAUUUAAAAGUCAUGGAAAUUGAAGAGCUCAAAAGAGUAUGAACCCUGCAAAAUACAAAAUGAAAUUCAAUGCCAUUCCCUUGGUUAUACAUGUAAAAGGCUACACUUAAAAACUUUGCACAAGCCUUUGUACAAUUAAAUGUUAAUGCCAUCUUGGCAUAAUAAUGUUAUUUUAUAAUCCUUUAGACCUUAGAUGGAGCUAUCCGGGAGUUGAUGAAUGACGUGAACCGACAAAUUUCUGAGAAACAAAUUCCUCUACAGCCUCCCACAUCCACAAAACUUGAACUGCACGCACAAACAGAGUAAGUAAUAAAGUGAAUUCAAGAGGUAUAAUUGUUGUCUAGCAGAAUUUUCAGAUCAUGUUCUUCACGUAGGUACAUUAAUGGGUAAAAUUUGCUCUGACCAAGUGAAUGAAGCACCCAGCUCUCCAAGCUUCCUAAUGUCUUUUCAAACUCAAGUAGUCAUUUAAAUUUGUCCAUAAUUUUUUUUAUAUCAAAAUUGUGUGACAUUGUUAACAUUGUUAACUACUAGUAUUCUUUAGGUUAUUGAAUUUUACUUACAGUAAUACAUGAGGAAAUAUCUCACAAAUAAAUUCUGUGAUUGGCAAUUUUCCGACUUCAGGAGGACCACCAUAAAAACUACUUGGUGACCGCUGAUGAUGUUUCUUUACCUUUUUACUGUGUUUUUCAAAAACACGCAAACUCUGAAGUUCAAAAGCCGCUUUCACAAUUAUGUUUUUCACUACCAUCAACCAUAAUUAUGAUCACGAGCAACGAACCUUGAAACACAAAAACACACACAUCAGACCAAAAAAAUCGACCAAUCACAAAUCACAAACCAUGACCUUUUGAACCAGCUGAAGUAAACUUCUGUUUCCUAAGAGGUCCACUAAGAUGAUUGACGGCAGCAAAAAAUGCAAAUGUCAGUUGGCUUUUCAACUUCAGAAUUCACGUGUUUAUGAAAAGCAUGGUAAAUAAAGUUACUAUCCUUGUUGUUGUAUUCCUGUCACACAGGGAAGGAGAGGAGCUUUUUCAGUUCUUGUUCUUGGAAACAGAAAUAAAGAAUUCCUGGGAAGCUUAUUUUGAAGACGCUAAACAAAAGCUUGGUAAGGGUCUUCUUCAAAGAAUUCUUAAGUCAGUCCUUUUCCCAUGUUUACUUAAAUUUGCUUUUUAUCUUUAGCAUAUGCCAAAGACACUUUUCCUCCUGAGUUUCAAUAUUGUAUUCCUAUCAACAAGACUAGAAGUGGAAUGCAGGUAGGAUUUUGCUGGUCAAACUUCUGCUAAUGAUAAUGUGUAAAAAAAUGUAGUAACUGUGGUGCUUAACCUUUUAAGUCCCAAUGGUGACCAACAUCAAUUUUCUCCUAACCAUAUCCAUAGAUUGUCCAGAGAUUAGGUUAUGAGAAUUAAUAAAUUGAUCACCUAAGAAAAAAUGCCUUGAUCUUUUAUCAAAUUCUCUCAACCCAUCCAUGAAGGAAAUGUACAGAGAUCAGUUUGGAGAAUUUGUAUGUGGAUAUUGGGGCUUAAAGGGUUAAAAUGACCAUACCCUAUAUGGUUGAAUUUUGUUUUGUUGUAGAGGCUGUGAAAGGCACAGGCGAUAUUUUGAAACCUUAUCAGUAGUCUCCAAUAUUUAAACAGCACCAGUAUGGCAGGGUGCAAAGAAAGUCAGUUUUACAGCUUAUGGCAAGCUGUAUCCAGCAUGUAGCAGCCCGAAAGUCAUUUCAACUAGCCUGAAAAAAAAUUGAUGAGCAGGACUGAUCACAGUUUUUCUGUAAUUUGAAUUCCCCCCCAAAAAAUCACUUGCUGAUCGGGCAAGUUAAGAACAGAAUUCACUAGCCUGAUAGCAAAAUCCACGAGCCCCAGGCUAUCAGACACCACUUUCUUUGCAUGCUGUAUGGGCUACUCAUAGCCCCUUUUUCUGUGAACAAUGAGUACCACUCUAAAUUCAAGAGUUCUUCUCUUCUCUCAAUUUUAGAAACCGUUCACUUAGUUAUUUCACAAGGAAAAUUAAAAACAAAUGAUAAGUUAAGAAAUUUUUUUCUGUAAUUUAAAUAAGAAGUUUUGAUCUAUAAGAAUUUAAAAAAUCUUAUCCUAUGAUUUGCUUUUAAGUUUUUUGUAAAAUGGAAAUCCCAAAGUUAGAGCAUCCUGAACUGAGUUCAGAACUUUUAGCCAUUUACCUUAACUAAGACAUGAAUUUUCCAUUUUACUUUUAGUUCACUUGUGCUUCACCUUGCCAAGUGCCACACAUGCUGGAUAGAGGGAACCACUGUGGUUCAGGAGAUGUGUGGGUUUGUAAUAGCGAUGGUUAUGUAGGACAAGUGUGCAUCCUCAGAAUGGGAACUCAAAUUCAGGUUAGAGGUGUAAUCACUUAAACUUAAUAUACUGGAAACUCGAGCUUAUAACUCCAAAUUAAGUAGUGUCUUAAAGUAAAUGAAAAUUCCAAAUUCUUUUUGAAAAAUACAUUUAAAAAAAAUUACCACAGAGAGUACUUGUCAGUACUCAGUAGCUUUCACUCAUUUUUUUUGAAAUACGGGGAAUUUUCCGUCUUCUCCUGUGUCGGACAUCGGUGUAUAUGUUACAGGUCAAAUUUAAUCUCAAGUUAAUUUUGAUUUAACUUAGGUUCAUUGUCAAAUUCCUUUGUCCUUUAGCCCUAGUAAGCAAAGGAAAUCAAAAAUCAUCCUAGGUUAAAAGUUUUUAACCUGCGAACAAAUUUGACCUGUAACAUACAUAAGAUAACUUACAGGGUCUCUGGGUGUUUUGCGACUGCCCAGGACGUUUUCUGUCCUUUUAAAUUCGUUUUUCCCAUCCUUUUAGAACGUUAAAGUUCAUAUGAAAGAAACUUUCACUUUCUUAACAACAGUAAAAGUUAAAUUUCACCAACCUUGAACUUGAUCUGUAUUUUUUCAGCCAUGUGGUUCCAUAACAGUUUGUAUGUCAAGGAUUCUCUGCAUCUCUCCCGUCCCCGGAACCAAAUUCGUCGGCUUAGAAGCUCUUCAGUCUGAAAGCGAAACCAAAUCUGAAACUCAGUCCAUCUCCCUGGGAAGCGAAAAGAGCAGCAAAACACACACAAGCACCAAAAUUUCUCGCUCCGGAUACACCAGCGAUGAGGAUGUCACAGGAGCUCAAAGCAUCAUGGCGUUUGACAGCAGCUCCGAAGACGAGGAGGGACUGGGUCAAGAGAGUUUUCUUGGCGGGAAAUUCGACGAAAGUUCGCCGUUUCACGUCGACGGCCGACUGAGCCCCGAAGGCAGCAGUCUCGGCACCACCGGAAGUGUGGACGGCUUAGACAGCAGUGGGGAAGAGAAUGUGUUUGAAUAUGAGGAGAAUGACUCGAGCUGUGACGAGAUGAAGGGAAAAGGGUCUCGGAAGCAUUCCAAGCGAAGAAUAUGUUCGUCUCGUGCUCAGAGCAAAGACAGUUUAGAUCUGGUGAAUUUUGAAACGGAUGAAGCUUGUGCCGUGUGGCUGGGUACAGAGGACGGAUAGUAAGUCUUUGGUUUCUAUUAAACACAUGUUCCUUCCAUGAUAUGUAUAAAUUUUUUAUUACUUCCUUGCCUUGAGAAACUUGUGAAAUCUAAUGAGAUUUUGUUUUCUGUUUUAGUGUUUACAUGUACCCUGCUAAUGAAGCCCAAACUAAGAAAUCAAAGUUAAAAAUUCAACAUUCUGGGUCGAUUCAAUGCAUCUUGUAAGUAUCUGUUGUAUUUGUUAACUUGUUUUCGAGUGAUUUGACCUUAUAUUGAAGGCAUAAUUUCGCCCGUAGUUCACUAUGUAUUGCCGAGGCUAUUUUGAACUAAAUACCCAGACAAAUGUGGCAGUAAACCAGAGCAAUUGAAAGUAUCGCAUUCCAAAAAUAUCGAAUAAAACUUUGUUGCUGUGAGAGGCAGGGAAAAUUGUGCCAGAUAAGAGCAGAUUACAAUGAAAGCUUAUCUCUCAUUUGUCAGCAUUUUACAUUUCAUUAAAAAUAUUGUUUCCAACGCGUUCCACAAGUACUCCUUCUCCCUCUCAAUAGCCCGUGCUCUUUCACGUAUACCUAGCGAUAAUUUGUUUUCUUACCUGUGAUGUUGAAUUUUGGUACUCUUUUUCCAGGUAUGUCGAUAACCAAGUAUUUAUUUCUUUGUCCACGGGUGACUUGUAUGUUUACAGAAGGCAACCAGGUGAGCUUGAAGUACUUUCAUUUAAAAGCCCGUUUCAUAUGUCGUGCUGCUGUCGCGCCGAAUCUAAUUCAUGAAUUUUAUUAUAAAUACAUUAGGAUACAUUUUAAAAGUUGGCCAAGCCGGUGGCACGACGUUUGUCUUUCCUGUGCUCAUUACUUCCAAGCACAUGCUUCGCAGGCUAGCUGGCUUUUAGUAUGCUGCCGAGGGAAUGUGUACAACAUUCUGAUGGGUUGAAACCAACUCAACUUUUUUUUGAAGUGGUUUAAAAUGGACAAAAUUCUAAUCCAUGUCUGGAAGUCGGUUGGAACCAAACUUAGACCCUGUUUACAUGGAGUGGGGGACCCCGGUCUAGUGGGGUUGGUUUCUUUUGUUUCCACGCUCUGCGGGACACAAAACAAAAGAAACCUACCCCACUAGACCGGGGUCCCCCACUCCAUGUAAACAGGGUCUAAAACCUGUGUAAUAGCCCAUGUAAAAAAUUCUAACAUGACUCUGAGGCUUUCUGGCAUUUGCAGUUUUGUCCAUUAAGCGCGAAGUCAUGUUAGAAUUUUAAUAUAUCGAACGUGGACUCAAAAUGUCAAUUUUUCUGUACCCAGGUUGCGCGUGGGAAGUUGGCAAUCCCGUGAUGCUUCACAUCGGUGAGUCGGCAACAGUCUCCUGUAUGACCGCUAUACACGGUCGUCUGUGGUGUGGCCUGGGUUGUAAUGCGGUCAUCGUCAACACAACUACUUUAGAAGUCGAGGUAAGAAUCAAGUCACUCUCCAGUGGUCCUUGUCCAAACCUCUCUUAAUUCGUAAGAAUGCUACUCUGACAACCCUGAAUUUUCUUUCCUAGACAUCCUUUAACUGCAGCUUGGACAAGGACAGAUCCGUUUACCGCAUGGCCAGUUCCGGUAUGGGGGUGUGGAUAUCCCUUCAAAGUUCUGCUGCUGUGAGGUUGUUUCACGCCACGCGAUACGAGUGUUUAGCGGAUGUCGAUGUCGCCCCACCAGUCCACAAAAUGCUCGCAAGUAAGUCGAAAAACCAUUUCAGUUCUGACCGAACAAACCUGGGUACGAGGUGUCUAACUAACCUUCGUUACACUUGAUUGGCCUUUAAAAUGAAGUCAUUACAAUUAUAUAAGAAACAUGGUUUACUAACGGUCACGGCUCAAAUUUAGUUUCAAACAUCAUUGAUAUUUCCUUAGUUUUUUUGUACUUGGAGCAAGAGCUAUAUAUGUACCUUUUUGAAGCCCAGGUGUAUAACCGGUACUAUAGAACCGCACCAAAUUUUAACAAAGUACGGUAAGGAUUUAUGCAUGUUCCGUUUUGAGAGGGCAAGUUGCAAGGGGUAAAGUAAUUCUUGUAAAAAAUGCAGGUAAAAAUUGGCCUGUUGGCAACAAAGCUUUUUAAAAAAAAUACGAUCCUUUCUUUAGUUUCCGGUUGCGACGAAACAAAUACGUAUUACUAAUGUUUGAAAUACGACACUCGUUGUUUUCGUUAGGUUCUGAUGCCAUCAUCCGUCAACACAAGGCGGCUUGUCUGCGUGUCACUGCUCUGCUUGCUUGUAAAGAUCUUCUAUGGAUCGGCACCAGCGCAGGCGUGGUGUUAACUUUACCGCUGCCAACAAUUACCGCCAGCACGGCUUCUCUACGAAAUUGUCCGUCUGCUACAGCCUCCUUUCAUGGACAUACUGGGCAUGUGCGCUUUCUCACCGCUGUUGAGGUUCCAAAAGAAGGAACACAAGACGGCACCAACGAGAAAGGCUCCGGUACUGCUCCAUCCACUACGACUGCACCCCUUGCACCUGGCACUAACAGCGCCCGAGAUGUGUUGAUCAUCAGUGGUGGAGAUGGUUACGAAGACUUUAGGUCAAGCUCCGCCAGUGAAUCUGCUGGACGAGAUGACAGCACAAACCAUCUCCUUAUUUGGCGCGUAUGACGCUGAGGCUAAUUGGCAGUCGGACGAAUGAUCACAUUUGAGUUCCAAGCCCUCGGUUCUCAAACAACUGUUCCUAGCGACAAGCUGGCGCCACACUAUCACCAGUAUCUGAUUGGUUUUAAAAACCAAAGCACUUCGCGUUUGUUAGCGAAGAAUCUUCGCUUACGAAGUGAACCAAAACCCUUAAAAAACACAGUUAAGAUACUUUUCUUUUCUUUUCUUAGGUUUAAAACUGUUCAAUCAAACAAUGAAAUUGUUAUCACAUUGAUUAAUUUAGGACGUUGUAAUCAACAUUUAGCAAAUAAUUUACAAGUGCCUUUGAAAAAGGAUUUAAUGCGAAGACUUCAGUAGCUUUCCUUUCAAAAGUCUUUGAUAACUACGUCGGCUUCGAGUAAGUAUUAGUAAAAAAGUAGCGUAUACUUUAAGUGGUAUGAAAAGCCUAAACCCGUUUCAUGCCAAAAUAGAGGUUCCGCAUGAGUAUUUUAGGUUUAUUUGAACGAGAAGAGGUAUUUUUAAAAACAGGUAAUAUUUUUGUCAAAUUGUAAAUAUUAACUAUACGGUGUAUUUGACACACCGAAGAAGAACGUUUCUAAUGAAAUGUAAGAGAAGAGAAAAGUAGCGUAGAACCAAUGUAGUUGAAGUUGAUUAUGUAUUAAUAUUAUUUUAGCUCUUUUUCUCAUAGGAAAAGUAACGUAAAGGUAUUUAGAUGCCGGCUGUAAAUAAAGAUGUUGAAGACC